AUGUCAUUACCUCAACCUCGUAAACGAAGGAAAGUUCUACCAGAUUAUGACUCGGAAUCAAUCGAUUCACCAGAGCCUUCAACAUCAAUUAACUCGACCGCUUUGGCCUCAUCCUCUCGUCCGGAUUCACUGCAGGUUGAUGAUCAGAAGGCACUCAAGUCUGAUCAACAAAUCAUUUCACGCAAUUCUUCUGGUCCAGAUCCGUCCGCUAUGUCUGCGGUCGAUACGGACAAAAAAACCCCGGAUAUUUCUCGGUUAUUACAAGUUGUUGAAAGUCUUCAAGAAACUGUCAAAGUACUCCAAGGAUCAUAUCAACUCAACGCGCCACAUUCGGAAUUUGCAACCCAAAAAAUGUUGGGCCAAGUUCAAGAAUACGCGAUCAAAGAAUUCAAAAGUCUCCAUGCUCAUGUGGAUGAGCGACUUGUUCAACUUGAAAGUUGUGAUCCGAGGUCAAUGAGAGACAGUAUACAAGCUCUAGCAUUUCAAUUCAAACAAGCUUUCGAAUCAAGUCAAGAUAAAUUUGAAAUCAAGUUGAAAGAAUUGGGACAAGGACUGGAAAAGAAGAUCGUAUCUGAAUCUCGAGCUGUACAGAAUCAAGUGACAAAAACUCUAUCCGAUGAUGUCCAACGUUGGGAGAAGCAAUUGACGAGUCGACUGGGACUGAUUCAAGAUCGAGUAACGAAACUUGAAGGACCUGAUCUGAUUUCCCACGUUGCUAAACGUUUGAAAGAUCACUUUGACAAUAGGUUGGGACUGAUUCAAGGUCGAGUAGCAAAGCUUGAAGAAUCCGACUUGAAAUCCGACCAGGUUCGACGUUUGGAGAAGCAUUGGGAUAGUAGUAUGGGACUAAUUCAAGAUCGAUUAGCGAAACUUGAAGGAUCCCAUCUCAAAGAGCAAAUGGCACAGAUGCGAAAUGAAUUUGGGGGAAAGAUUGCACAAUUGGUAGCAGAAACUUCACUUUGUCACGCCAAACUCGCAAAUUCAUAUACCGCAUAUACAGAUUUAAAAGCACUUCAUCACUCCUUAGAAAGUAAAGUAGUCAAAAUCAAGACAGAGCAGCCUGAACCUUUACAGGGAAGCAGCCAGAUACCCACUUCUGGCAAUGCUAAACGUUCCUUGACACCUAGUCACUCGACCCAAAGUACACGUUUACAAUCAGCUGCUCCAAAGUCCAGGUCCCACAGUACAAUGCUUAAUGAUGACGAAGAGCCAGCAAUCCCCGCUGGCGUUUUAGACUAUGAUGCACCGCCACUCAAAAGGAGAGGAUCAUCAAAACUCGCUUCUGAAAGAGGUGAUCGGCACUCAUCGUGUAAACAGGAUUCUAACCUUGAUGAUGUUGAACACUUCCGACCGUUGAUCGAGGAAGAGAUCGCGAACAUCAUGACGGCGAGCUACGAAGAAGAUCUGAAAGUCUCGAUUCAGUCGGACCUCAUGAACUAUCUAGAAUCCGAGAUUUCUGUGCUCAACCGACCAGCCGAUUUGAUACGUGAGGAGCUGAAAGGAUAUGUUGAGAAACGAUUACAAGAAUUUCAAACGUCUUUCUCACUACAGAGUGCUCAACCUAAAGAUCACACUGCUAUGGCAGGACAAAUUCCCUCAUUACCUUCACCUUCACCUUCACGUGAACAACAAAACCAACCGAAAUCGACUCUCAACAAUGAUCUCGACUUAAAACAAAGGUUAUCAUUCCUGACCCAUCGAACCAGUUCGAUACCUGUUGAGAGUCCUCAUACUUCGAGUUCAAGACCUGAACAACACUCUCUCAGGAAUCUUUCCAAUCCUCCAGACACUUCUCAACUUCUUUCGAUUCCAAUGGCAACUAAACUCUUCGCACCACUUGAUCGACUAAUCACAUUAGAGGAAGACUUGACCUUCCUCACUUCUCCUGAAUCUCAACGUAAAGCAACAUUUGUUGCAUUAGGUCUAUGCACAGCAGAUACAGAUCCAAGUAAUACAGAUAUAAGCAUUGAAAAGAUGCUUUUUAAUUUACUUGUACAUGGAUUGAGAAAUCAUAAAGAUGAAGACUACGUGAAAGGUUUUACGAGUGAAACGGGUGUGAUUAUGAGGGAAGUUUUUAACCCUAUAUUCAAACCUAUGUUAGAUGCGAUCGAUAAAGUUGUACUUGGGCAUAUAAGUGAAGGUCAAUCACAAAGUAAAUAAAUUUAUUCCAAGAUUAAGAUUCAGUUUAUUUCAAGUUAAUCAAGGGGAUCAUUCUUUCAUGAUUUGAAUAUUUAGUAAAUAUUCACACUUAGUUUGGCAAGGCAGACAAGUGUAUAUAGGUUCUUAUUUGGUGUUGUAUUUUCUAACAAAUUGUGUGUAUGCAGAGAGAAAAUCAACAAGGUAUAAAUCAGGCAAUUAGUCAACAUAGAGAAGUCUCUUUUUCAUCAGAAUCGUUAUUAUCUCAGUUCAGUUUUAAUUCAAAGUUCUCAUCCUCGUGAUAGCUUGAUUUUUCCAAGUCUUAUAUAGACUCAUGGCAAACCUCGACAUUUCAACUUUCACUUUGAGUAUUUGUAAUAUAUGUAAAUAGAUUUUGUUUAUUUUCUCAUUCGUGAUCUUUGGACUUUGUAAUCACUGUGCUCUUAGGUCUGACAAUCAAGUUAAAGUCUGAUAAAUGAUAUCAAAGCGUCAUGAUUCC